CGAACACAAUGCCAGCAGAGCCGGGGUAUCACAGGAGGAGACAGGAGGGCUUUGGGGACGGUCCACGUUUUAGGGUCGAACGGGGGGGGGGUGGGACACGGGAUUGUGUUUGUGUGUAGGGGCAGUUAUUAACCUCCCUAUCAUGGUGUCACAUGCUCGCCGCUGCAGACCGAGCAGGACGAAAACACAAAUGGAGAGAGCUCUGCGAAGGACUUUACUCCCUUUCUCCACUUCUCCUCUCACUUCCUCCUUCUUGCACUAAUAUCUAAUAUUCCCUUCAUGCUCUCUGUGCAGCCUGUCAGCAACGUCUUUUCUAACCUCGCUCCUUGCUGCUUUUCCUGUUCUUUCUGCUUUUAAUGCUUCCUCCACGCUGCCUCCUGACAGAGCUUUUACCUCAACCUGCUCCUCUUUUCCAUCUUUCUAACAAGCUUUCUCUCCUCCCUUCCUUCACUUCCUCUGUUCUUGCCUCCUAUCUUCUGGAUGGAUAACUACUCCCUCCUCUACAGCUCCUCGCACAGAACCGGACUUCUCUCCGGUUUCCAGCGCCUGCGCUCUGAGAGGAAGAUGUGCGAUGUUGUCCUCGAGGCCGGCGGCGUCGCCUUCCCGUGUCAUCGUGCCCUUUUGGCCGGCUCCAGCGACUAUUUUUGGGCCCUUUUCGGGGAGACGACCGCGGAGAGAUUAGCGGACUCCGUUAGCCUCCCGGCGCUAACGCCCGAGGGCUUAGACGCCAUGCUGGACUUCCUGUAUUCAGGCUGGCUCAGCGUGUCACCCUCGACGCUUCCUGCUGUCCUGGAAGCAGCCAGGUACCUGCAGGUGGAGACGGCUGUGUCAAUAUGCGAGCAGUUCAUGACUGAUGGUUUAAACGCUGAGAACUGCUGCUGCUAUGCUAAUCUGGCUGAGCGCCACGCCCUCUCCGGUGCACUCGAGGCUGCCAAUCAAACCAUCGCCAUGGAGAUGGGGAGGUUGCUACAGGAGAGCAGAGAUGAUCUCCUCGGGUUGAACAUCCAGUCGCUAUCGGUGGUGCUUGACGCUGAUGAGAUACCUGGCGUCAAGGAGCUGGAGCUCAUAAAGCUGGCUCUGGAUUGGUUGGAUGAGAACGGGCCCCUCCCGCUACUAAAGUCAAACCUUCUGCUGAAUCGUCUCCGCUUCGGAUUGGUUGCCCCGUCUGACCUCGCCGACCUCAGCCACGCCCACAAAGCCAUGACCACGCCUUUAAUCAGGAGUCAGCUGACUCGGGCGCUGGAGUACCACAGUCUGGGUUCAGCUCAGCCAAUCAGACAGAGCAAACAGUCGACUCUCAGAGCGUCGCCCAAUCGCAUGCUGCUCGUGGGUGGCGGGUCCAGCGCCGAUUGGCCAGAACAGCACGUGUUGGCGUACGAUCCCAGAAGCAGGAAGUUUUCAUCUCUGGCUGUGGUUCUCCCGCUGCGACUGAGAAACCCCUGCGUGUGCUCAGUGGGAGGUUUCCUCUUCGUGAUCGGAGGAGAGGAAGUCAAAGAGGGAGACGAGGACGGGAAGAAGUCCGUCGCCGUGGCAACAUCCAACCAGGUGUGGAGGUACGAUCCUCGCUUCGACUGCUGGGAGCAGGUGGAGUCGAUGCUGGAGAGGCGGGCGCAGUUCACCUGCUGCGUGGUGGAGGAUGUUAUUUAUGCCGUCGGGGGACGACACGCUCACUCCUCGGUAGCUUCUGUUGAGUUUUAUGACAUGUCCACGGGAGCGUGGAGGAGAGGAGCAGCGCUGCCUCGACCCCUUUACGGCCAUGCCUCCGCCGUGCUCGACAACAGCAUCUAUGUGUCAGGUGGUCUCCCGGGCAACCAGGGAGGCAGCAUCCAUGGCGGUAACCAUGGCGUAAACAGGGAAAGCAGCAGAGAAGUCCUGUUCUGGGACCUCAAAGGCAAAGUCUGGGAAAAGAGGGCGUCCAUGUCCAUCGCCAGGUUCAGCCAUCGCUUGGCAACCGCCCACGGCUACAUCUACGCCCUGCUGGGGAUGUACGAACCCUUCUGCGACAUCGAACGAUACGAUUCAAAGUCGGACCACUGGACGCGCCUCAAGCCGCUUCUCACCGGCUCCUUCAACUACGGGAUGGCGUCCACGGCGUCCGGGAACCUGCUGGUGUUCGGAGGGAGGAGGUGGAGCGACGGACAGGAAGUGAUCGUGAAGAGCGUGCUGGAGUACGACACCAAGAGGGACCGCUGGAGAGAGAUCUGCCAGCUUCCCAGACCUCUCACCGGGACUGAGUGCACUCUGCUGCCUCUGCCAGACUGAAGUGCACGAUUACGUGAGAUGAGAGGCCUGGUGCCUUAAGUAAGACAGUUUGAGUAGGUGCAAUGUAGUCACGAAUCGAACCCUCAGAUUUCCAGGUUGCUUAACAUUUAAGCUUAGGUACCUAAAAUGUAGAAAGAAAGAAAGUUUUGUGGGCUAUUAUUUAGCACAUCCAGUUACUGAAAGUGAAUCCCACCGUGUAGACGAAUAAAAACAAGCUUAAAGAUCACCAAAAAUGUCAAACAGCCACUAGAGAGAGGCUGAUUUUCCAAUGGCCAGAAUGUAGCAGUAAGAUAAGCCGUAAAACUAGAGCUAAAGAGAGCGAUAGAAGAGAUUUUUUAAAAGAAUAAACAGAGGAGGAGGGGAGGAGAGUCAGUGGGAAGAAGGUAAUUCUUUAAGUUUUUAGGAGGAGGAAGAAGUCAAAACAGAAGAUAAGGUGGUGAAGGUGGGGGGAGGACAUCUUUGAAACAAAAAAAAAAAAUUGCAGAUGAAAGUUCCAGCGUGUGUGACAUUCCCGUUUAUUCAGUAGUGGUGCAUAAAUUAAGUUUAGAUAGAGAAAUAGAGGCGAACCAAGGACACGGAAUGACCCUUUUUUCUGGUUUGUUUUCUCGUUUCAGACACUGACAGUCAAAUGCACAAAGAAAAAAGCUCAGUGAGAAAUCUGAUGCAUGCUUUGUGGGUAAUAGCUCGAUCACCUGCUGGAGUUCAUUAUUCAUGCACUUUUAUGCUCGUAUCUACUUCAUCCUGAACACAUACUGAGCUGUCAACGUAAACAUUAAUUAUAUUAAAUAUUUCAUAACACAUUAUAAAUUAAUAGGAUGCCUCAGUACAUCCUGUCGUAGGAAAAUACGUAUGAUGCAUAUUACUGUUUAAACAUGAUUGGGAUUAAUGUGUUUUUGUUUUUGCAAAGUUGAAUAAUUUAACAUUCCAAUUGGUGAUAUUAUGAAUUCUAAUAAAAGAUAUUAAGAACCAAUAAAGCAGAACUGCAAAUGUGA